AUGCGUUGUUGGAAAAAAUCUGAAGUUUCCAGCAUUUUUUCUUUCACACACUUCACUUUGAAACGUCAGUUGAGCCUAGCAAAUGGAGUGUCGAUAAUUUUAGGCCUGAUUAUUGGCAGUGGUAUUUACAUAACACCUCAAAAAAUGCUGGAACACGUUAAAUCUCCAGGUCUCAGUUUAAUUUAUUGGGGUUUCGGUGGUCUGUACACCUUCAUUGCAGCCUACUGUUUGACUGAGGUGGCAAUUAAAUAUCCAGUUUCUGGUGAGAAAUAUGCUUACAUGAACAUUCUCUACGGCCCUUACUAUGCAUUCUUUUACAUAUGGCAGUAUCUAUUCCUAGCGCGACCAGGAAGCAAUGCCUUGAAAGCCAUCAUUCUCGGUAGAUAUCUGCUGAAGCCGUUGUUUUUAAAUUGCGAUGUGCCUAACUUGGCCGUUAUGUUAAUAUCGUCUGUUUUUGCUUUUGCUAUAUCAUUUUUAAACUGCAUAAGUGUACAACUGUCUGCAAAAUUCCAGGGCGUUCUCACCUUCAUAUCGGUUUUUAGUCUGGUUCUUUUAUCAUCGAUUGGCGUCUAUAAGCUAGCUAAAGGUGAGGUAGAAAAUUUACAAAAUCUAUUUGAGGGUUCAUCAACCCACCCUGGCCAUCUUAUUCUCGGGUUCUACUCAACCGUUUUUUCCUUUUACGGAUGGUCGGCUCUGAAUUUUCUUAUUGAAGAACUCAAAAAUCCUCUGAAAAAUUUGCCAAGAGCCAUCGUCAUUAGUGUUUUGUUCGUAAGUUUUUUCUUCGUCAUGGUGAAUUUGACAUUUUUUUUGGUGUUAGGCAGAGAGGGGGUGAUGCAAUCUGAAGCCGUUGCCAUAAGUACAGCAAUUGAAGUUUUCGGAGAUCUUGGAUGGAUAAUUUCAAUUAUGAUUGCUAUAACAUCCUUUUCUGGAUUCAGUUCAGGAAUUAUGGUUGGAUCGAGAUUAACAAUGGCUGGUGCGAGGAAUGGCCACCUUCCAAGAAUUCUUUCUUAUAUAAGCAUAGAGUUUAGAACACCCAUAAUUGCCUUAAUAUUUCAGUGCCUGUUGUCGUUGAUGUACGUGUGGGUUCUGGACGUUUCGGCAAUUAUACAGAACGUCAUGUUUGCUAAUUUCGUUGUCGACUUCCUAGUCGAAAUCGCUUACAUCAAAGUGAGGUUAAAAGAAAAAGUGGAUAAACCAAAAUUUCAAGUUAGUAGAAAAAAAAUUAACGAUUUCCAGGUUGGAGUAGACGGUUUUGCCUCCCAAAUGUAA